AUGGAGUUAGCACCAACGUUAGCGCUAGAUGUCGAUGAUCCUCGGAGUGCCUCUAUAUAUACGCGAGGCAAGCCGGUGUCUUAUGAUGACUGGGUCCAAAUCGCGAACGAUGUUAUCAGUUUCGAGCUUGAAAAUGACGAUCGGUCCAUAGUGCUCUAUGGCCUUAGCGCUGGAGGUAUGCUAGCAUACCACGCGGCUGCACUGAACAAGAAAGUCAAAGGCAUUGUAGGCAUGACAUUCCUGGACCAACGCAUCCAGCAGGUCCGCGACGAAACAGCUAGGAACAUUGCAUGA